CGUCAAAGACGAAAGAUGCUUACUCCAGCGUUCCAUUUCCGCAUCCCUGAGGAUUUCAUACGAGUGAUCGAUGAACACUCGCAGCACUUCGCUGCUGUCCUUGAAGGACACGAAGGAGGAAAGCCGGUCGAAAUUACUUCUCCUGUUAGCAUGAGUACGCUCGAUAUUAUAUGCGAGACCGCAAUGGGUGUGAAGAUACAUGCUCAUGAUAACAGCGGUUCGGAUUAUGUGCGAGCAGCCUAUGAUGUUGGAGCUAGUCUUAUAGAACGCAUGGUAAAGCCCUGGCAUUGGUUCGAUAUUUUUUACACUGUGAGUGCUGAGGGUCGUCGUUACAGUAAGAACCUCGACACACUUCACAGCUUCACUCGAAAGGUGAUUGAGAAGCGCAAGGCUGAAAUGCUGGCAGAACGUGAAACCAACACGGAAACGUCGAAUAACAAAGAAGACACCGGUCUGAAGAAGAGGCGUCCGUUUCUCGAUCUACUGCUUGAGACUCACUUGGAGGAUUCUCAGCUUCUGCCGCUUGAAGGCAUCCGGGAGGAGGUAGACACCUUUGUGUUCGAAGGACACGACACCACCCCUAUGGGCGUUUCGUGGACGCUGUGUCUCCUUGCCGAAAAUCCUGACAUACAGGCAAAGGUCCAUCAAGGACUUGACGAUAUUUUUGGAAACGAUAACGACGGAUCGAUAACCCAAGAUGAUCUUUCGAAGAUGAAAUACAUUGAACGCUGUAUUAAGGAAGCACAGCGGCUGUAUCCUUCAGUACCCCUCAUUGCCCGGUUCGUAAACCAGGACUUAAUGAUUUUCACCAACGUUACUUAUCGUGACCGAGACGUAUUUCCUGAUCCCGAAAUCUACAAUCCCGAUCGAUGUUUAUCGAAAAAUGUUGCUGCACGAAACCCUUUUGCCUACAUACCUUUCUCCGCUGGCCCUCGAAAUUGUAUUGGACAAAAAUUUGCACUGGUGGAGCCGAAAAUUAUGGUCGCGUGA